UGAGGAGGGUAGUCCUCAGGCCUCACCCUGUCCUUGUGUCUCUGACCGUCUCCUCAGUCGUCAGCAUCUGAUUAGGACAGCAGAGCCGUUCAUCUUCAGAGAUCCAUCCAUCCGUCCAGAUGAGUGAUCAUCCUCCUCCGUAUCGUCCGUUCUUCCCAGACGAUCCGUCUCCCUCCAUGUUUCCUCCAGCUUUUUAUUCCCCGCCCACCGCCUUCCCCGGCUCCGCCUAUCAGACUUUCCCUCAGACCAUCGUCCAACCAGGACCCGCUGCACAGGAGGGGGCCCCUGGUUACUAUGGCAACAAACACCAGGCCUCCCAUCCAGCGAAGCCUACAGUUCUGCUGAUGGAUCCACGGACCCAUCAGCAGCCGGGCGGCAUCGGGUCGUACCUGGCCGCAUGUUGUGCUGCACUGUGCUGCUGCUGCCUGUGGGACCUGCUGCACCGCUGACCAUCAUCACCUUCAUCAUCAUCCUCAGCAGUGACCAUGUGACCGUCAGGUCUGCUGACACCAGGAAUAUCUGACAUGUUUGGGUUUAAAACGAUGUUAUUCUCUCUAAAGGUUCAGAGGAAAAUCCCGCUGUCUGAUUGGACGGCGAGUAGUAACAAACAUGGAAGAUUAUGACAUCAUGUAAACGCAUUUUCUAAACACUCUACUGGUGUCUCUUUGAUUAUUGAUCUUAUUGAAUAUCAGAUUGGUCACAGCUGAUCUAUAAAGUGAUUGAAAGGUAACUGGAUUGUAACAUUUUGACAGUUUUUCUCAGUUUUCUUUUUUUUCUAAAGAAAACAUGUUUUCUCUUAUGCAGCUGCAGUUUCAUUUAUUCAAUUCCAGUUUAUUGUACCAAACGUCUCAGCAACACGGCAGGUCAAAGUGUUUUACAUGAUUAAAACAUGAGACAAUAAACUUUAUGAUUAAGAACAUAGAAUGAACAAGCACCCAGUACAACAUUGUAUCAGUGCCAUCAUAAAACCUAACCAUCAAUCAUUUCUUUCAUCUUCAUUAUUGCUGUAAUCACCUGAAUCAGAUGAGCUGUUGCUGAGCAGAAAACCUUGCUGACGAGGAGGAACCUGACAUCUCACUCAGUUUAGUUCAGUUUAGAGGUUUCUAUCCAAUGCGUUCCCAGCAGAGGAACAUUGUCCUGGUCUUCCUCUGGGUCCCCUCCUGGUGGGACCUGAACACCUCACCAUCCGAACCACCAAGUCACUCUAGAAAAUCACAUGUUCAGUAAGCAGUGAUGAUUAUAUAGACAAGCUGAAUGAAACUUGCAUCACACUGGAAACGAAGAAUUCUUGGAAAAGUUUAAAAGCAUCAGUGAAUAAAUACAGAUAAUUUGAUUUAGUGAAUUAUUUCUGUAACUAUUAUAUUAAUAUAUCUAUUAUUUCUGUGUUUCUCUAACCCUAACCUUCAGAUGAGUUGAUAGCGUCCAUUUUCACUGAAUUCUGCAGAAUUUCUUCUUUAAUGCAGUCAUCAUAGGAGCCUCUACAGGACUUGCCAUGGUUCCUAGAACUGCUCCAGUUGCAAUUUCUCAAUUUUUCUCAACCAUCUUGUUGAUCUUUUUGAGAAGCUCUCUGACCUGAGUUGACUUUUUAGCUCUAUUGUUGAACACAUGGUAUCUUUUACUACAUUGAUCAAUAAACUCCUUCAGGGUCUCGUUUC